AGAACAGAGUGAAAGAGACUCUGAGCAGGUCAUCAUUUUAUGGAGAGAGAAGAAUAAAUCAAAUUCAGAGGAAACACAGCUUUUGUGACUGGUGCUCUGGCUGGUGGAUUGGCUCAAGUGUCCUUUGCAGAAUCCUUUGUCAGGCCCUCUGUUUCCAAACCAGGGGGUAGUGAAGGGCAACUUCUCUCCAUGGGAGCAUUGCAGAAGUUACCUUUCUCAACAGCUGAAGAUGGAAACGUCCACUCCAGCUCACACCGGUCCUGUUCAGACCAACAUGACAGCUCAGACAGGAGGAACCGUCUGUGCUCCUGUUCUCCAUGGAAACAAUAUUCAAGGCUCAGUGAAUGUAACCAUUAUUCAGGGAGGUCAGGAAGGCUCCAGUUCCAGCACCAGUACAGUACAGGCUGGAGGUUCUCCUGGUGCUCCUGCUCUCACUGAAGAUUUGGUAACUGUAUAUAAACAAAAACUGGAGAUGAAAUUUCUGAGCAUUAAAGAAGGAAUCUCCCAGCAUGGAACAUCAACCCUUCUGAAUGAGAUCUACACAGAACUCUACAUCACAGAGGGAGGGAGUGGAGAGGUCAAUAAAGAACAUGAGGUCAGACAGAUUGAGACAGCAAAUAGGAGACCAGCAACACAGGACAAACCCAUCAAAUGCAAUGACCUCUUUAAAGACAAACCCAUCAGAACUGUGCUGACUAAAGGAGUGGCUGGAAUUGGAAAAACAGUCUCUGUACAGAAGUUUAUGCUGGACUGGGCUGAAGGAAAAGAAAAUCAGGACAUCCUCUUCAUAUUUCCACUUCCAUUUAAAGAGUUGAAUUUGAUAAAGAAAAAGCUCAGUCUGAUGAAUCUUCUUCAUUGCUUUUUCCCAAAUCCAAAAGAACUAAGAUCAGUAGACUGUGAAGCUUACAAAAGCAUGUUCAUCUGUGAUGGUCUGGAUGAGUGUCGACUUCCUCUAGAUUUCCAGAACAAUGAGGGCUUAUUUGAUGUAACAGAUUCAGCCUCAGUUGAUGUGCUGCUGACAAACCUCAUCGAGGGGAAUCUGCUUCCCUCUGCUCUCCUCUGGAUAACCUCUCGACCAGCAGCAGCCAAUCAGAUCCCUCCUGAGUGUGUUGACCUGGUAACAGAGCUACAAGGGUUCACUGACCCUCAGAAAGAGGAGUACUUCAGGAAGAGAAUCAGUGACCAGAGCCUGGCCAAUAAAAUCAUCUCACACAUGAAGUCCUCAAGAAGCCUCUACAUCAUGUGCCACAUCCCAGUCUUCUGUUGGACUGCAGCCACUGUUCUAGAGAGAGUGUUGGGUGAAGCGGGUGAAGAGAGUGGAGAGAUCCCCAAGACUCUGACUCAAAUGUUCUCACACUUCCUGAUCUUUCAGAUCAAACACAAGGACCAAAAGUACCAUGGGAAAUAUGACACUGAUCCCGAGCAGACUAAAGAGAGUAUUCUGGCCCUGGGAAAACUGGCUUUCCAACAGCUGGAAAAGGGCAAUCUGAUCUUCUAUGAGGAAGACCUGAGAGAGUGUGGCAUUGAUGUCAGAGAAGUGUCAGUGUACUCAGGAGUUUGCACCCAGAUCUUCAGAGAGGAGUUUGGGCUGCACCUGGGGAAGGUGUUCAGCUUUGUGCACCUGAGUGUUCAGGAGUUUCUGGCUGCUUUAUAUGCAUUCAUUUCCUUUAAUUGCAACAGCCAAAAUUUUUUGCUACCUGGAUUUUUUGGUUUCUUCAGAAAUUCAUCAUCUGACUUCCUCAAGUCUGCAGUGGACAAGGCCUUACAGAGUAAGAAUGGACACCUGGACCUUUUCCUCCGCUUCCUUCUAGGCCUCUCACUGGAGUCCAAUCAGACUCUCUUACGAGGCCUAAUGUCACAGACAGGAAGCAAUUCUCAGAGCAAAGAGGAAACAGUCCAGUACAUCAAGGAGAAGAUCAGGGAGAAUCCCUCUCCAGAGAAAUCCAUCAAUCUGUUCCACUGUCUGAAUGAACUGAAUGAUCAUUCUCUAGAGCAGGAAGUUCAAACAUACCUGAACAGAGAAAGUUAUGGUUGUCUGAGGGGAGCUAGCCUCUCUCCUGCCCAGUGGUCAGCUCUGGUGUUUGUGUUACUCAACUCAGAAGAGGAGAUGGAUGGGUUUAACCUGAGUAAAUAUUUUCCAUCUGAAGAAUGUCUUCUGAAUCUAUUGCCCGUUAUCAAAUCCAACAGAAGAGCCAAAGAAAAGCUGUGCAGCUCUGUCCUCAGCUCUCAGCUCAAACUCCUCAAGUCUGAGAAAAUUGGACGUCAGUAACAAUAAACUGCAGGAUUCAGGAGUGGAGCUGCUCUCUGCUGGACUGAAGAAUUCACGCUGUAAACUGGAGUCACUGGUGUAAGAUCAUCAUUUUAUCAGUAUGUGUGUGUUGUGUGUGUGUGUUGUGUGUGAU